GCGGACCGCCCUCAGGAAGUGUUACUCACCAGGAAUGUGUGAGCCUGUGCCUCAGGGCUGGAUUCUCUUCCUGAGUCCCAGCAGAAGCUGAAGGAGCUCCCAGCCAUGGAAACCCCUGGGGAGCCAGGAGCAGGCCCUCGCAGAGCCCCCAGCCUAGUCAACUUCUCGCCUGAGCACCUGGAGAGAGAAAAGCCAGCCCAGUGUCCGCUGUAUGACAUGCCCAAUGCCAGCGGGAGGCAAGCAGGUGGGCCCCAGCAGGCGGGGCGCGUGGUGAGCCUGCGGGAGCGGCUGCUGCUCACCCGUCCCGUGUGGCUGCAGCUUCAGGCCAAUGCUGCAGCUGCGCUGCACGUGCUGAGGGCUGAGCCCCCGGGGACAUUUCUGGUGCGGAAAUCUAACACGCGCCAGUGCCAGGCCCUGUGUGUGCGGCUCCCUGAAGCCAGCGGCCCCUCCUUCGUCUCCAGCCACUACAUCCUGGAGAGCCCUGGCGGCAUCUCCUUGGAGGGCUCAGAGCUCGUGUUCCCGGACCUCAUCCAGCUCAUCUGUGCCUACUGCCACGCCCGGGAUAUCCUUCUUCUCCCACUCCAGCUCCCCUGCGCCAUCCAGCAGGCGGCCACCCACAAGGAGCUGGAGGCCAUCUCCCAUCUGGGCAUUGAGUUCUGGAGCUCCUCUCUCAACACCAAGGCUCGGAGGGGCCCAUGUGAAGGCCUGCUGCUGCCCCAGCUGAAGGCCCGGUCCCCUCAAGAACUGGACCAGGGUACUGGAGCAGCCCUGUGUUUCUUCAAUCCCCUGUUCCCAGGGGACCUGGGCCCCACCAAGCGGGAGAAAUUCAAGAGGAGCUUCAAAGUACGCGUAUCCACAGAGACCUCCAGCCCCCUGUCUCCGCCUGCUGUGCCGCCUCCUCCAGUUCCCGUGCUGCCAGGGGUAGCCCCCAGCCAGACGGAAAGGCUGCCCCCUCGCCAGCUGCUGCGAAGGGAGAACUCAAUGGGGUACCGUGUGCCAGGAGACAGCGGUCCUGGCCUCCCGCCCUUGCCUUCCCUCCAGGAGGUGGACUGCGGCUCCCCCAGCAGCUCUGAGGAGGAGGGGGCACUGGAGUCCUGGGGGAGCCCAGCGACCUCACCCCGCCUGGGUCGCCGGCGGCCUCUGCUUCGGUCCAUGAGUGCAGCCUUCUGCUCCCUACUGGCGCCCGAGCAUCAGGUGGGCCGGGCAGCCAUGGCACUGAUGCGGGACCGCCACACAGCCGUGGGCCAGUUAGUGCAGGACUUACUUACCCAGGUGCGGGCCGGACCUGAGUCCCAGGAGCUGCAGGGCAUCCGCCAGGCGCUGAGCCGGGCCCGGGCCAUGCUGAGUGCUGAGCUGGGCCCAGAGAAGCUACUGCCACCGGAGAGGCUGGAACAUGUUCUAGAGAAGUCGUUGCAUCGCUCUGUACUCAAGCCUCUUCGGCCCAUCCUGGCAGCACACCUUCGGCGCCGGCUUUCCACGAAUGGCUCCUUGGGCCGCCUGGCUGAGGGCCUCCGACUGGCCCGGGCCCAGGGCCCUGGGGCCUUUGGAUCCCACCUGAGCCUACCCUCCCCAGCAGACAUAGAGCAGGUGCGCCAGAAGCUGCUGCAGCUGCUCUGCACCUACUCACCCAGUGCCCAGGUCAAGCGGCUCCUGCAGGCCUGCAAGCUGCUCUACACUGCUCUGAGGGCCCAGGAGGGGGAGGGUGCUGGUGCUGAUGAGUUCCUACCACUGCUGAGCCUCGUCUUGGCCCAUUGUGACCUCCCUGACCUAUUGCUGGAGGCCGAGUAUAUGUCAGAGCUGCUGGAGCCCACUUUGCUCACUGGAGAAGGCGGCUACUACCUGACCAGCCUCUCAGCCAGCCUGGCUCUGCUAAGCAGCCUGGACCAGGCCCCUGCCCCUACCCUCCCGCUGAGCCCCUCACAGGAACUACAGCGCUCCCUCAGCCUCUGGGAGCAACGCUGCCUGCCUGCCACCCACAGCUUCCAGCACCUCCUCCGAGUAGCCUAUCAGGACCCCAGCAGUGGCUGUACCUCCAAAACCCUGGCUGUGCCCCCAGGGGCCUCCAUCACCACCCUGAACCAGCUCUGUGCCACCAAGUUCCGAGUGACCCAGCCCGACACUUUCAGCCUCUUCCUGUACAAGGAGCAGGGCUACCACCACCUGCCUCCUGGAGCCUUGGCCCACCGACUGCCCACUACUGGCUACCUCGUCUACCGCCGGGCAGAGUGGCCUGAGACCCAGGGGACUGCAUCAGAGGAGGGCAGUGGGCAGCCAGAAGUGGAGAAAGGGGGCCAGGGAGAUGGGGACAUUGGGAUGAAAGCCAGUCCCAGGGACAGGAUGGGAGAGCCUAAGACAACUGCUGAAGACAACGAGGGCCAGGCCAGGGGCAGCCCUGCUCAGCCAGGGGAGUCAGGGGCUAAGGGAAGCCAGACAGCUGAAGAGUAGCUAGAAGUGGCUAAAGGAUCCUUUGGGGCAGAAGACUCUGAGCC